GGUGCAGUACUAGCUGCUGUGUCAAGUCACAAAUUCAACUCUUUCUAUGGGGACCCCCCUGAAGAGUUACCAGACUUCUCUGAAGACCCUACCUCCUCAGGAGCAGUUUCUCAGGUGCUGGACAGCCUGGAAGAGAUUCACGCACUUACAGACUGCAGUGAAAAGGACCUAGAUUUUCUACACAGUGUUUUCCAGGAUCAGCAUCUUCACACACUGCUAGAUCUGUAUGACAAAAUUAACACAAAAUCUUCACCACAAAUCAGGAAUCCUCCAAGUGAUGCAGUACAGAGAGCCAAAGAGGUAUUGGAAGAAAUUUCAUGUUACCCUGAGAAUAAUGACGCAAAGGAGCUAAAGCGUAUUUUAACACAACCUCAUUUCAUGGCCUUACUUCAGACUCAUGACGUAGUGGCACAUGAAGUUUACAGCGAUGAAGCAUUGAGGGUCACACCUCCUCCCACCUCUCCGUAUUUAAAUGGUGAUUCUCCAGAAAGUGCUAACGGAGACAUGGAUAUGGAGAAUGUGACCAGAGUCCGGCUGGUACAGUUCCAAAAGAAUACGGAUGAGCCAAUGGGAAUCACUUUGAAAAUGAACGAGCUAAAUCAUUGUAUUGUUGCAAGAAUUAUGCAUGGGGGCAUGAUUCACAGGCAAGGCACACUUCAUGUCGGUGAUGAGAUCCGGGAAAUCAAUGGCAUCAGUGUGGCUAACCAAACGGUGGAGCAGCUUCAGAAAAUGCUGAGGGAAAUGCGGGGGAGUAUUACCUUCAAAAUCGUGCCAAGCUACCGUACUCAGUCUUCGUCCUGUGAGAGAGAUUCCCCCUCCACUUCCAGACAGUCCCCUGCUAAUGGUCAUAGCAGCACUAACAAUUCUGUUUCGGACUUGCCAUCAACUACCCAACCAAAAGGACGACAGAUCUAUGUAAGAGCACAAUUUGAAUAUGAUCCUGCCAAGGAUGACCUCAUCCCCUGCAAAGAAGCUGGAAUUCGAUUCAGAGUUGGUGACAUCAUCCAGAUUAUUAGUAAGGAUGAUCACAAUUGGUGGCAAGGUAAACUGGAAAACUCCAAAAAUGGAACUGCAGGUCUCAUUCCUUCUCCUGAACUUCAGGAAUGGCGAGUAGCCUGCAUUGCCAUGGAGAAGACCAAACAAGAGCAGCAGGCCAGCUGUACUUGGUUUGGCAAGAAAAAGAAGCAGUACAAAGAUAAAUAUUUGGCAAAGCACAAUGCAGUGUUUGACCAAUUAGAUCUUGUCACAUAUGAGGAAGUAGUGAAACUGUCAACAUUCAAAAGGAAAACACUAGUCUUAUUAGGUGCACAUGGUGUUGGGAGAAGACACAUAAAAAACACCCUCAUCACAAAGCACCCGGACCGGUUUGCAUACCCUAUUCCACAUACAACCAGACCUCCAAAGAAAGAUGAAGAAAAUGGAAAGAAUUAUUACUUUGUAUCUCAUGAUCAAAUGAUGCAAGACAUCUCAAAUAAUGAGUACUUGGAGUACGGCAGCCACGAGGACGCAAUGUACGGGACAAAACUGGAGACUAUUCGGAAGAUCCACGAGCAGGGGCUGAUUGCAAUACUGGACGUGGAGCCUCAGGCCCUGAAGGUCCUGAGAACUGCAGAGUUUGCUCCUUUUGUUGUUUUCAUUGCCGCACCAACUAUCACUCCAGGUUUAAAUGAGGAUGAAUCUCUCCAGCGCCUGCAGAAGGAAUCGGAUAUCUUACAGAGAACAUAUGCACACUACUUCGAUCUCACAAUUAUCAACAAUGAAAUUGAUGAGACAAUCAGACAUCUGGAGGAAGCUGUUGAGCUCGUGUGCACAGCCCCGCAGUGGGUCCCGGUCUCCUGGGUCUAUUAGGCCUCUUCCCAGAUAUCUGAGCAUAACUGGGAGCCACCUCAUACAUGAAAAAGCCUCUUUGUUAUCGACCUUGGGUCAGCAGGUCGUGGUCCCUAGAGACUACCUAGUUUGUAGUGUGACCUACAUUUAUAAUUAUUGUCAUGUCCAAAUAGAUAGGAGGAGAAAAACAAUUACACACUAAUUUAAAGAGACAGUAUCUUUUUUAAUCAGUUCUCCUAAACUUUAAUAAAAUGUAUCUUUAAAUGUAUGUAUUAUUCAAUCCUUUGGAAUGUUAUAUUUUUGGAAAUCAUAGCUUUUUAUUUCCAAGGCCCCUAAAAACUGCACAAAAUAGAUGCUGCUUUCUAUAAUCUAUUUUAAUAAUAAUAAACAAUGAUUCUGUUACCUUGACUGGGGGUGGAACACUACAUUCUUUUUAGAGUCUGAUUUUAUGGAUUGGAGUAUCUUUCUUUCCUUUAUUUAUUUGAAAUAAUUAGUCUAGUGAUUACAAAACAGUCAUAAAUUUUUAAAGGCCUUUUUUCUCUCUCUCUCUCUUUUUUUUUUAGAAUAGUAUUUUUUUUAAGUCCUUUAUGUAACAUCCAGAUAACGUGAUACUGUCUCUUUGAAGCACCCUGUAAACCUUUUAGAGAUUUGAAGUUGGGUCUUGACUCUUAAUGCAUGUGGACAGUCGCGAGCGUUUAUGCUGUCGGUGUGUCUGUGUUGGACAAAUCAAUCUGUAAUCUACAGCAAAGUACAUUCCGUUCACGGGGCACACCCAGGGGAAUAAGAAUAAAAUGCUAUUAUGACUAAGUUGUAAACCUAUGCACAUCCCUUGCAUUUCGGGCAACUUUAUAAAAAAAAAAAAAAGAAACUGAUUUUUAUUAAUAAUCAUGUAGUGAAAUGUGUUUGUAAUUUUGUCUCAAUUUAAUUUGUUGUAAGGUGGGAGGGGGAAUUGCUGGUUUCACCAUUUCAGAUCUGUGUUGUCUAAGAGUAUUAACGUUUUAAUUAAGCAAAGAAAUGAGGAUUUUUAAUCUGUGUGUAAUUGUUUUAAAACACCCAUUUUAAGAGAAAAUACUGUGCAAUGAAGAAACCAGUUUAGGCGUUUGCUAUAAACUGAAUUAUUCCAAAAGAAUAAUCUAAAACAGCCCUGUAAAUUCCUUAAAAAAUGAUAACUAACAGGACAGUCUGACCAAUUUUUUUUAAAUAUACUUCCUUUUAUGUGUUCAAU